AUGUACUCUUCUAGUCAUUGCAUAGACAUGAAGAUUGGAGGAGCAGAUGGGGAGUUCUGGAGGUUCACUGGCAUUUAUGGCUGGCCUGGAUCAGGACAAAAGGAAAGGAUGUGGGAUAUUGUCCGCGAACUUGCUACGCAAUGGAAUGGACCGUGGCUAUGUGGGGGUGACUUUGAUGAGAUCCUGUCGUGGGAAGAAAAAAGAGGUGGUCCUGUGAGGGAGGAAAAAGAAAUGGCAGCUUUUCAUGAGUGCUUGGUAGAGACGAACCUUAGUGACUUGGGAUUCCACGGGUAUCAAUAUACCUGGAGAAUCGUAGGCGCAAUUAAGGUUAUGUUGAGGAGCGGCUCGAUAGGUUCGUUGCAACGGACCAUUGGACCACUAGUUUUUCGAAGAAUAAAGUACGACGCAUGGACAAAACGAGGUCGGAUCAUAGACCGAUUAUUUGUGACACGGAGGGGGAUGAUGAUGAGGAACCGGGGUGGGGUUGAAGUUUUAAAUAUGACCCGUUUUGGUCUAACCACGAAGAAAGUGAGAAGCUAG